CCGGAGGAUCCGUCCAUGGGAGACAAGAUCGCACGGGUCAUUGUGUACUUUGUGGCCCUCAUCUACAUGUUUCUCGGAGUGUCCAUCAUCGCUGACCGCUUCAUGGCGGCCAUUGAGGUUAUCACCUCCCAGGAGAGGGAAAUUGUCAUCAAAAGGCCCAAUGGGGAAACAACCACCACCACAAUCCGGGUGUGGAAUGAAACGGUCUCCAACCUCACCCUCAUGGCCUUAGGCUCGUCCGCCCCCGAGAUUAUGCUUUCUGUAAUCGAGGUUUGUGGACACGAGUUCAAAUCUGGCGAGCUCGGGCCCUCCACGAUCGUUGGCAGCGCAGCCUUCAAUAUGUUCGUCAUCAUUGGCCUCUGCGUGUCCGUCAUUCCCCAAGGAGAGGUACGCAAGGUCAAACACCUCAGAGUGUUCUUUGUCACUGCAGGCUGGAGCAUUUUUGCUUACAUCUGGCUCUACAUGAUCCUGGCUGUGUUUUCUCCAAACGUAGUCCAAGUCUGGGAGGGUCUGCUCACACUGGCCUUCUUCCCCAUAUGUGUACUCCUUGCCUGGGUGGCGGACAGACGACUGCUCUUCUAUAGGUUCAUGCACAAGAAGUAUCGCACCGACAAACACAGGGGCGUCAUCAUCGAGACGGAGACUGAACGCUCCAAGGGAAUUGAGAUGGACGGCAAGAUGGUCAACUCUCACUUCAUGGAUGGAGGUGCGGCCAGCAAUCUGAUCGGUUUGAUCGAGAGCAAAGAGGUAGACGAGUCCCGGCGCGACAUGAUCCGCAUCUUGAAAGAUCUGAAGCAGAAACAUCCGGAGAAAGAGCUGGAUCAGCUGGUGGAGAUGGCCAACUACUACGCUCUCUCGCAUCAGCAAAAGAGCCGUGCCUUCUACCGCAUCCAGGCCACGCGCAUGAUGACAGGCGCUGGAAAUAUCCUGAAGAAACACGUGGCAGAACAGGCGAAGAAGAGCGCCAGCGUGCAGGAGGUGCACGUGGAGGAGCCAGAAGAGUACGUGUCUCGGAUCGCUUUUGAGCCUGCUGUCUACCAGUGCCUCGAGAACUGUGGUGCCGCCAUUCUGACCAUCACCAGAAAGGGUGGCGACAUCAACAAGACGAUCUACGUGGAUUAUAAGACGGAGGACGGCUCGGCUAACGCUGGGGCCGAUUACGAGUUCACAGAGGGUACAGUAGUGUUCAAACCGGGAGAGAUGAUCAAGGAAAUAAGCAUUGGCAUCAUAGACGAUGACAUCUUUGAAGAGGAUGAGCACUUUUUUGUGCGCCUCAGUAAUUUGCGUGUCCUGGAGACUGAGGACGAAGUGCUGUCCCCAAACAGUCUCCCGUACCCAAAGGCCAUGCUGGGCUUCCCCGCUGUGGCCACCGUGACCAUUCUGGACGACGAUCAUUCGGGCAUCUUCACCUUCGAGAGCAGCUCGGUGCACGUCAGCGAGAGCAUCGGUAUUAUGGAAGUGAAAGUGCUGAGGACUUCUGGAGCGAGGGGGACGGUCAUUGUGCCUUAUCGCACCAUGGAGGGACUCGCCAAAGGAGGAGGGGAGGACUUUGAAGACACCUACGGAGAGCUUGAGUUCAAAAACGACGAGACGUGCAAACUUAUUCACGUGAAAGUUAUUGACGAUGAGGAGUAUGAGAAAAACAAGAACUUCUUCCUGGAGCUGGCCGAGCCUCGCAUGGUAGACAUGAGUCUGCAGAAAGGUGCUGUACUGAACCUAUUUCUUUCCCUCACCAUCUGUGAUGAGGAGCUGGAAGAGCAGAAGCUGACAUCUGACGAGGAGGAAGCCAAGCGGAUCGCGGAGAUGGGAAAACCGGUGCUGGGGGAACACUCCAAGCUGGAAGUCAUUAUUGAGGAAUCAUACGAGUUUAAGAGCACAGUGGACAAGCUGAUCAAGAAGACCAACCUGGCUCUGGUGGUGGGAACAAACUCCUGGAGAGACCAGUUCAUGGAGGCCAUUACAGUCAGUGCAGGUAAUGACGAAGAGGACACGGGGGAAGAGCGGCUGCCGUCCUGUUUCGACUACGUCAUGCACUUCCUCACCGUCUUCUGGAAGGUCCUGUUCGCCUGCGUUCCUCCCACGGACUACCUGAACGGCUGGGCCUGCUUCAUCAUCUCCAUCAUCAUCAUCGGCCUGCUCACGGCCGUCAUCGGCGACCUGGCGUCUCACUUCGGCUGCACCAUCGGCCUCAAAGACUCGGUCACCGCUGUGGUGUUUGUGGCACUCGGCACAUCUGUCCCGGACACCUUUGCCAGUAAGGUAGCAGCCGUCCAGGACACCUACGCAGACGCCUCCAUCGGGAAUGUGACCGGCAGCAACGCCGUCAACGUCUUCCUGGGAAUCGGCAUGGCCUGGUCGGUGGCGGCCAUCUACUGGCACAUGAAAGGGAAGCCGUUCGUGGUGGAAGCCGGCUCGCUGGCCUUCUCCGUCACGCUCUUCACCAUCUUCGCCUUCCUGGCCAUCUCGGUGCUGCUUUACCGGCGCCGGGCCCACAUCGGAGGAGAACUGGGCGGGCCCCGGGGACACAGACUGGCCACGUCAGCCUUCUUUUUCAGCCUCUGGUUCCUUUACAUCCUCUUCUCCAGUCUGGAGGCCUACUGUCAUAUAGAGGGCUUCUAA